AUGGCAUCUUCUAUUGAAAUCGGAGGCUCGUGGUCAACGAAUGAAGAUAUUGCGUUGUGUCAAUCUUGGGUGAACAUUAGUCAUGACCCUAUCACGGGCAAUGAGAUGAAGUUUCAUCACAUGUGGAGCAAAAUUCAUGGAGAAUUUUGUCAAAGAUCGGGUUCUAUUCGGACCGAAAUGGCCUUGUCUAGUAGAUGGAAACUUCUGAAUAAAGAGUUAGGGAAAUGGAGAAAUGCCUUGACAAAAGCAAAGGCGAACAUUCAAAGCGGUCAAAAUUUGACCGAUGAGAUGAUACAAGCACAAAUGUGGUUCGGUGCCAUGGGGCAAGGCAAAAAAAGUUUCGUGCAUUUCCAUUGUUGGGAAAUUGUGAAGGAUUGUUCGAGAUUCAAAAUUAUUCCCACCGGUCCGCCGGUUGUGAUGAAUGAGACGCCACUCCACGAUUCGACAUCAACCGAUUCUCCAUUGGACUCCCCAAUGGAAACGGAGUCACCAUUUGUGCCACGUCCGCCGAGACCUAUUGGGAGAAAGGCGGCAAAGGCCAAGAGAGGGGCACUUCGACCAAUGAAUGUGUACAAUUAUUGGAGCAAAUAG